GCUCCCUCAGCGCCAUGGCCGGGGAGGCCGCCGCCGCCACCGCUUUAAGGAGCCCCGCAGGCACCGCCCAAGCGCACCAUAGCCCCCUCGCGCGCCGGCCCCCGGCUACAGGGAUCCCGCUCUAUUUCGUGGAUUUGCAGGAUGACUUAGACGACUUUGGGUUUGAAGAUUAUGGACCAGACUGUGAUAGCAUGAGGAUAACUGCAUUCUUGGACAUUCCAGGACAGGAUAACUUGGCUCCACUGGCUCGUCUGGAAAAGUAUGCUUUUAGUGAUAAUAUAUUUAAUCGACAGAUUAUUGCCAGAGGCCUACUUGAUGUCUUUCGAGAUUUCAGUAAUAAUGAAGAAGAUUUCUUGACAGUAAUGGAGAUAGCGGUCAGACUGUCCGAAGAUGCAGAGCCAACUGUACGGACAGAACUGAUGGAACAGAUACCUCCCAUUUCUAUUUUUCUGCAAGAGAGUCGACCAAACUUUCCAACAGCAUUUUCUGAGUAUCUUAUGCCUAUUGUAGUGAGGUACCUCACUGACCCUAACAAUCAGGUUAGAAAAGCAGGUCAAGAAGCACUGCUGGUAUUGCUGGAGCAAGACCUCGUCUUUCAAAAUGAUGUUGAAAAUAAGGUGUGUCCAAUUCUGUUGGACCUCUCGGCCCCAGACAGUGAUGAUGAGUACAAAGUGGAAGCUGUAAAUAUCAUCUGUAAAAUGGCUUCUAUGUUGAGCAAAACAACUGUUGAACGCAUACUUCUUCCCCGUUUCUGUGAGCUGUGUGGCGAUGGGAAGCUGUUCCAAGUCCGUAAGAUUUGUGCAGCCAACUUUGGUGAUAUCUGUAAUGCAGUUGGACAAGAUGCCACAGAGAGGUUUUUGAUUCCAAAGUUUUUUGAACUCUGCUCUGACAGUGUUUGGGGAAUGCGUAAAGCAUGUGCUGAGUGCUUUAUGGCAGUGUCUUACACUACUUCCCCAGAAGUUCGGAGGAGUAAGCUGUCACCCCUCUUUAUCAAUCUUAUCAGCGACCCCUGCAGAUGGGUUCGCCAAGCUGCUUUUCAGUCUCUUGGUCCAUUUAUUUCUACCUUUGCAAACCCUUCUAGUGCUGGCCUUUACAUUCGGGAGGAUGGGACAUUGAGUAUUCGACCAGCAGCCCAGGAUGGCGCUUCCAAUUCUUGCCAGGCAGGCAGUAUUUCAAAUAUACCAUGCUCCAGUGCAAACAAUUCAUCCCCAAGUUCAGAACAACCAAUGGAAGUAAAAUCAACUGUACUUCCCUCAAUGAGUGAUUCUGAAGUCAACCCUUUGCUCUGCACUCAAAUCCCAAAUAAAGACACAGAGGAAGCAAGUUCAGUGAGCUGUGCUAAUCCCGAAGAAGAUCUAACUAGAUUGUCUCACGGUGACAAUAUUGCUGCUUGUGUAAUAGAGGGCAUUAAAGACUGUCAAGUCAGCAACUGCCAGGGAAUGAACUCAAGGGUCCAGUCUGCUGAGGAUGUGUUUAAUACUUUCCUAUACUGGCGCCCACCUCUCCCUGAUAUAAGCCAGGAUUUGGAGUUGCUUCAGUCCAAGACGGAGAUGCAUAAAGACGGCUGCUCUGUAUCAGAGGCUUUGUGUAAUAACUGUGUUGCUAGUAGCGAAAUAAAAAAGGUGCUGGAAACCUUGCAGGAGCACAUGGAUGAUCCAGAUGUUCAAGCUCAGGUUCAAGUCUUGUCUGCUGCACUCAGAGCAGCUCAGUUUGAUUCCAUCCGAGAUCAUGAGACCAAACCCAGGGAAGAGACUGGUGGCAAACUUCAGAAGCAGAUAUCUUCUUUGGAUGCCAGCAUCGCCACAGUAGAGAAUGCUUCGUCCUCUCCAUCAUCCCAUGAUGACAUGAUUGACCAAACUACUACCAGUAUACUGAAAAGCACAGACUCUGAGGAGCCACACAAUGGGACCAGCGACUUUUUAAAGAAAGAACAAGAUAAUCCACCCUUUGAAGACGAUAAAUCAAAGUUACAGGAUAUCAUACCUCAGCCUUUAUUAGAUCAGUACUUGUCAAUGACUGACCCAGCUCGAGCCCAGACUGUUGACACUGAAAUAGCAAAACACUGUGCUUAUAGUCUCCCAGGGGUGGCCUUAACUCUGGGCAGGCAGAAUUGGCACUGUUUGAAGGAUACAUAUGAGACCUUGGCAUCAGAUGUACAGUGGAAGGUACGUCGGACGCUAGCUUUUUCCAUACAUGAACUGGCUGUUAUUUUAGGGGAUCAACUAACAGCAGCUGAUCUAGUGCCGAUUUUUAAUGGAUUCUUGAAAGAUCUGGAUGAAGUGCGCAUUGGAGUUCUUAAACAUCUCUAUGACUUUCUGAAGUUGCUUCAUGCAGACAAAAGGCGAGAGUACCUUUAUCAGCUUCAAGAAUUUGUGGUGACUGAUAACAGCAGGAAUUGGAGGUUUCGUUAUGAACUGGCAGAACAGCUGAUCCUGAUAUUAGAACUCUACAACCCUAAUGAUGUGUAUGAUUAUUUAAGACACAUUGCACUAACUCUCUGUUCUGAUAAAGUAUCUGAAGUCAGGUGGAUCUCCUUCAAACUGGUUGUGGCUAUACUACAGAAGUUCUAUGCAAACAAUGCAAAUGCGUUGGGAUUAAAUUUCAUUAACGAACUUGUAGUGAGGUUUCGUCAUUGUUCCAAAUGGGUUGGAAGACAAGCUUUUGCCUUCAUUUGUCAGGCAGUGGUAGAGGAGGAGUGUAUGCCUGUUGAUCAGUUUGUUGAGCACUUACUCCCCAGUCUUUUAAGUCUUGCUUCUGAUCCAGUGCCAAAUGUAAGGGUUCUGCUAGCCAAGGCUUUAAGGCAAACACUGUUGGAGAAAGCUUACUUUAAAAGUGUUGGCAAUCCUCAUCUAGAAGCUGUGGAAGAAACUGUCCUAGCUUUACAAUCUGACAGAGACCAAGACGUUUGCUUUUUUGCCACUGUAAAACUAAAACAGAAUAACAUGGAGACCACUUCCAUUGAAAAACAAAACUGAGCUGUUCACCUGCUAUGAACCCUGAACAUCAAAAUGUUAACAUGCCCUGUGUUCUUGGUUUGCCUGAUUCAUGGGGAGGAGAAAGGAGCAAUUGGCUGCCUACCUGAACUGAAAGGAAAGGGAUCGCUGACAAUGCCACAGUCCUCACUAAAUGACCACCUUUGUAGCUACAGCUGUGGAUACUAGCUGAUCAGUCAGACUUUGGGGAUUUUUUCCCUCAUAAAAGUGGGCUGUAACUUUCAUAUCUAUCCAGAUUUCAGUAUUGUAUAUAUCCUCUUAUUAAGAAAUUACACAAAUGUAACAUUUCAGUAUCAUAAUGUUAAUGUUUCUUAAUACCGUUAAAAAAAGUACAACCCCUAUGAAUGCCAGUAAUAAAGCAAUCUGCUACAAGCUUAAAGGACUUCCUAAGCUUUGAAGCCCAAGGUUAGUAUGCUUAAGUGAAAAUGUUUCCCCCGUUUUAUUGUGGUUUUUUAUAUUGUUUAUAAUAUUACAUUUUAUUAUUUUAAAUGAACAAUGUGUGUAUACAUAUAUGUGAAUAGCUCCUGCAGCUUGGCAAAAAUAAUUCACAGAACUUUAAUCUCAUAUCAAUGAGAGAGAUCGAAGAAGUCAUUUCACUUUAAACAGCACAGUUGGCAAGUAAAAGUUAAUGUGCAUAGGUCACCUUUUACCUUUUAAUAGACAUCUGAUAUAUUUUAAAUCACAGAGGGAUUAACUUGCUUUGUAUUUUGUGGCUCUUUCUUAUUACUUUGUCUUUUUAUAAACUGCAUUAUCAUAGCUUUUCUUUGUACACUAACUGUUAUCUCCCCAAACAUUUCUGUCCUCAAGUGAGUUCAUUUAAUUAAAAUCACAUUGGUAGGAGAUUAAAAUCUUUAAAUGUUUUGCAGAGUAUGUAAAAAGGGGGGCAUGCACAUGCACAUUCACAUAACUUGAAAAAACUUGUAUGAGGUUCAGCAGUCAUUUUCCUUGGAACCUGCCUCUCUCAAACUUACAAUCUAUGAUCUCCUACAACGAGAGGAGAUUCUUGUAAAAUAUUGUGGUCUCAAGUUUCCAAAGGAGGUGAAGCGCAGGUUUUCCGAGUAAGGAAGCUGACCUACUGUUCUUCACAAAUUCUGUUUUUAUAACUGUCUGUGGUUGUCAUUAUGGGGGUUGGAGGUGAGCAAAAACCCCCACAAAAAAAACAAGAAAAAAACAAAACCCACAAACUAACAUUGCCUGGGGUGGCACUUGGGACAUCAAGACUGUGUUAACCUGAUCUCAGUAUAUCUAACCAGGAACUUCCUACAAGAAGAGAAUAAAAUCCCUGUCAUUAAAUCCAACAAUUUUAUGAAAUACCAACUUAAGUUGCAAUGUUGAUGCCCUUGGCUGUUCCAUUUUCACCCCUGUUUUCCCUUGCAUCCUAAGUCUAACGUGGUCUAUUGAAGUUGGGGAAAAGACGCAUUGACUUUAAUGGGCUUUGGAUCAGGGCCAUAACCUUGUUUGAGGAGGACCGUUUAUAUACUGGGGAAAUGUCUCAUUUAAUGGUAGAUAAAUUAUUAUGUUCAGUGUUUGCUCAGUCUGUAAAUAGACCAAUGAGAGACUAUUUCCAUCUAUGUUAUUUCAUUACUGUAGCAUUAAGUAGUUCAACUGUUUGGAAGUUAAAAAUAUUGCUCUUUAACUGGAUUGUCAGCUGUACGGGAAGUAGCUUUCUCAGCCUGACUCUUGUACUUUUUGGAAGGUUCAAUUUUGUAUAAAUGUCAAUGAAACUAGUUUUGAAUUAUACUGUAUAGUAUUUGUAAUAAAUUGUUUGCUUGCAAGACCAUAGGUGCUUUUAGAAUCUAUAAGGGAAAAUAUAUAGUUGCUAUUUCAGUAAACAGUCUAAGCUCUGUAAAUUCCACAAAGUUCUACGCUUAAUUUUUUUUAUAAUUUUAAACAAAUGCCUCUUCAAUGCAAACAGAUUUUUUAUGACUGCAGAUUCUCAGCAAAAAAGUCAAGUUAAUUUUUUGUAGUUUUAAUAUCUUUUUUCUAAUGCUAACAUUAAACUAAUAUUUUUAAGAGUUCAGAUUUUCUAAAAUUGUUCCGACCAGGUUUUAUUUUUGUUGACUAUUAACAGGUCGUUCAGUUUCCAAGCACUGAUCACAACUUUUUUUUUUUAAAUGUACAUAGAUAUGUUUUUAAUGUACUGUAUAUAAACUGGUUACUUCAAACAUCAACACAACCCAGCUUUGUUUCAGCAAUCAUCUUAAAUAGCUACCUUUACCUGCAGUAAUCUACCAGAAAACCCAAAUGUCCAUUGGGUGGGUAUCUUUACAGAGGUGGGAUAGUUUUCAUAAUGGGACUUCUUUAAUUAAAACUUGUGGGGUGUUUUGUUUUGGUUUUUGUUUUUUAAAAGCCACCAGCUAAGUUCACAAAAUCUCUUUUUAAAAAAAAAUUGUGCUUUUAAAGAUUUUUGGUACCUCUAGCUCUAGAGAUCCAUGGCCAUUUUAAAUAAUGUGAUUUUUUUUUUUUUUUAAUUUAAUUUAAUUUUUUUAACUAGGGCUUUUAAAAACUUGUUAAACUAUGGUUGUAUGCACUAGAGGGGAUGCCAUAAUUCUCCUUUUAACUUUAGACAGUGUGCAGUUCUAUUAAUUUGGUGCACUUUUUACAGUUUUGUUUUUUAUUUUAUACUGGAAAUAUUUCAACGUGGCUAAAGACUGCACUUUACAGCUCAUACCAGACACAUGUAUGCAAUGAAGAUUAAAGCUAUGUAUUCUCAUGCAAUUCUCUGGGUUGUUUAAAUUAUGCAAAAUUGUAUGUUGCAGAUGCAGCAAAAGUUAGUCUACUUUCACAAAAGCUGCAAGGAUGUAAUUUCUUAAAACCACUUUUGACUAAGGGACCUGAAAAUAACAUUAGUGGUGCAAUAUUGCUGUAGAAAAUUAUCGGGCACUUGUAAUCCAAAGCAUGUUAGUCAUGUUGCUUAGAAUUCCAACUUGCUGUAUCCGCUAUAGAGGAUAUACCCUUGGCAUCUAACUGGACACUGCCCUAGUGGCAGUUUGCGUGUCUGUAAAAACAGUGUUGUUUAGAGUCCAAAUAAGUGAAGACACUCUGGAAGUGCCACUCACUUGUCAGAAUAUAGAAUCUAUGUAACUUUCUAUUUGUAUUUAUCUCAAUAAAUUCUGCAACUGUUUUACGAAA